GUAUGCAAUAUAGAUUAAUUGAGAAUAUGCUAGUGGAUGCAGAGCUUUUAUGAUUUCUUGUUAGGUUCCACUUUUUGUCUUUAGUUGCUUGCUCUCCAGUAUGAACUUCAUGUGGGAAUAUAGUAUCUUUAAAAGUGGUUGAUGAAAGGUUUUUCUUUGUCGUUUCUCUUACAUGUGAGUCAUUCCGCAUGGAGGUUGACUUACUGGCUUUUGCUCGGAAGCUCCCUCUUAAACACGCCCAAGAGUUCUAUCAUAAACCUAAAAUUCUAUCAUAAACCUAAAAUUUUUCUUUCCAAUGGAUCCAAGACUUCAACAAGCAGCUGAAUCUGGAAGCAUCGACGAGCUCUAUGCUCUUAUUGAUGAGAAUCCAUACAUACUUGAAAACAUGGACGCAGUGCCAUUUGUGAGCACUCCCCUCCAUGUAGCUGCAGCUUCUGGGAACAUACCAUUUGCCAAGGAGAUGCUGAAUCUCAAGCCCUCUUUUGCUAGAAAGCUCAACACAAGCGGGUACAGUCCAUUGCAUCUUGCUGUAGACAAGGAUAAGACUAAGUUUGUCGGCAGGAUGCUCUGGCUUGAUAAUGGUCUUGCCCGCGUUAAAGGGAAAAACGGCAUCACACCGUUUCUUUCACUAGUGUCAAGAGGAAAAACAAAUCUUGUGGCAGAGUGUCUCCUUACUUCCCCUGAAUGUAUCCAAGAUGAGACUGUAGAUAGCCAGAAUGCUCUGCAUCUUGCUGUGAUACAUGAUAGAUUUGAAGUUCUCCAAGUCCUCACUGGAUGGAUCCGGAGGAUGAGCCAAAGAAAUGCUGACUCCAUUGAGUAUUGUGUUCUGAAUGAAUGGGAUUCUAACAACAACACGCCUUUGCACCUUGCAGCAUAUAAGAAUGAUCACCAGAUGGCUAAACUGUUAUUGGAAUGUCGAUUGGUUCAGCGGAACCAAGUAAAUGGUGAUGGUUUAACUUUCCUUGACAUCUUCAGAACCCAAGGACAAAGAGACGCAGGUGGAGACUUAAGAAGCCAGGGACCGAGAGUCUUGGGAGAGGACUUAGAUUUGGAACAAGUUGUUGCAAAAACCGGGUGUAAAGAGGCGGCGUCCUUGCCAAGACCCAAGGCAAGGUUUGAGAUUUUAAAAUCACCAUUCACUUUCUGGUCAUUCUGCUUCACGGGCAUGAGACGCCUAAGGACUAACACGUCAGAUGAAUCUCGUGGAGUGUUCCUGAUUGUAUGCACUUUGAUAAUAACAGCUACUUACCAGACUGCCCUCCAGCCUCCCGGAGGUUUACAUCAAUCCGAGGAUUCGAAUGCGGGUUCCGUGGUGAUGAAACAGGCAUUCUUCAUCCUUAUUUGGGUUUCCAACACCAUAGGCUUCGGCUGCGCUAUACUCUACACCUUUUGUCUCAUACCACUUGGUAGUUUGUUUGAAAAUUGGUUCUCUUGGAUUGGGACAACUCUGUGCAUUUCUUAUGCUCUAGCAAUGGCAGUAAUCUCACCGCACCCUCUAGUGUUUCUCUCCGCGACCUUCGCCUUCUUCCUGCUCAUUGUUCUCUAUAUCUUGCUUGAAGUUUUCAUACAACGAUGGCGGAAGCAUCGAUCUAUGGCCCCUAAGACCCGAUUAAGCUGGUUUUGGAAGGUUUGAUACAACAUGUAUCACUUCUAUUACAGAAGAGAGGAUUUUGAGAAGGUAAAAGAUGCAACCGUCAAAACACAUGCCAUGCCCCUUGUUUAGUCUUUUAUUGCAAUAAUGUUCAGUUUUGUAACUUAUUGACUUUUAUAUAUACUAUGCUAUGUAAAAAAUGAUUUCAUGCAUGGGAAUCUUGAUACCAUCUUUGCUUCUA